UCGGCAGCGAAGCGUAAUAAAGAGAAUUAGCAACGGCACGAAGGAGCACGGAGGAUCACUCCGACACACUCCGUCAGGGCCAAUGGAGGAGGGAGACGCACACAUGGAGGAGCUGGUGGACCAGGGCCUGGGGAUGGAGGAGACGGCCCACGGCCUGCAGAGGAGGCCCUCGCUGAAGGAGAGCUACCACAGCGACUCCCUGCUGGCGCCCGACACCGACUUCAUGACAGACGGCCGCAGCUCGGCGGCCAGCGGCCUGGACGUGGGCGACCGGCUGACCUACCUGGAGCAGAGGAUGCAGAUGCAGGAAGACGAGAUCCAGCUGUUGAAGAUGGCUCUGGCCGACGUCCUCAAGAGGUUGAACAUCUCCGAGGAGCACCAGGCGGCUGCUGCCUCCACUAACAGCCGGAGGUCAUCGGGCUCUAAAGCCAGGCCGGUGUCUCUCGCUCUGCCCUCCAGACCGCCCAUGAUGACCUCCAGCGCCGCCUCCCUGAAGAAAAGCGCCACGCUGUCCUCCAGCCCCAUAGCCAGGAACUACAGCCCAACACCAUCACGCAGUGGCGUGAGGAGCCCACCAGGUAGUGUGAAGGACAGUCCAUGCAAGACCCCUCAGCGACCCCCCUCUGCAGCCUCCACCUGCAGGAAGCCUCCGGAAAGCAGCAAGGCCAAGGAGGCUGCAGCGAGUGUCGAGACGAGACAGGUGACGCACUGCAAAGUGACUAUGCAGAUCUAUCUGAGCCCCCUCACAAGAAAGACUGGGUCUUCUGAGGCCGCCAAAUCCGGGCCGGCGGUGCCGGCGAGCGGCGGCGGCGGGCCCGCGGGCGCGCCGAACCGCCCUCAGGUGAAGGGGGGCGGCAAGCCCGAGGCCAAGAAGACCACCACCCCGUCCUUCACCUUGAACCUGCAGAAAACCACCACCAGCCAGAGCGCGCCGCAGGACGCGUCGAGCUACAAGAGCCCCCUCAAGUCGCCCAGCCAGUACUUCCAGAUCUGUUACUGA